GGCGGGAACCCGCUCAAACCUGUAGCACCAAGGCUGGGACAUGGAGGUUGUGCGGGGGCAGGUGGAGCAGCUGCCGGUGCUCCUGGCUGUGUCCCGCUCCGCGUUGGUGCGGGACUGGGACUCUCUCACUCUGGACAGGGCUCUAGAGUGGACUCGGUAUUUCCAGCACCUUUAUGACCGGUUCCGUGCCCGCCCCCAGCUCUGGGAGGCCCUCGGGCGGCGGCUGCGCCGGUCUCAGCCGUACCCUCUGCUCAGCUUCCCCACACUGGGCCGCUGCACACAGCUGUUGGGGCUGGCGCUGCUGGAGAACCGCGCUUUGCCGCCCGCCGCCUGCCGCCGCCUGCUCCACAAUCUUCUGCCGCCUCCCAGCGCGGGGACCAGCCCUGCCCCCGGCUUCCCGGAAGUGCUCGUCCGCCGCAAGGCCGCGGCCUGUCUGCUAGCGCUGUCCCGCCGCCCUCCCCGGCGUCCGCCCGUGCCAGAGCCGCAGCUGCAGGCGGAGGCGCAGCUGCUGCUGAGCCGACUGCAGGAGGAGGGGCAGGAGGUCGGGGAGGCCGCUGGGCAGGUGCAUUGGCUGUGCAGUGUUCUGGAGCAGCUGCCCCAGCCCCGCGCCUUCGAGGUCGUGGCGGCGGCGCUGGUUCUGCUCAAGCAGGGACGUGGCACUGAGCAGGCUGGCGACAGGGAUCGAGAAGGGAGCAGCAGUCUAGACGGGUACCAGGCGAGUACUGCAGGAGACGAAUGCACCGCUGGACUCCUGUUUUCCUGGCUGUUGGGCAACCAGGAGCGAUUUUCUGCCUUUUGCCUUUACCUCCCAUAUUCCCAUCUUGCCUUCCUAGCUGGUCACUAUUCCCAGUUAAGCAGGUCUUAUUUGGACCUCUUAACCGGUUGGGGAAGCCACUUGAUUUAUGACCCCUUGCAGGGACGGUGGGUUAAAAGUUGCAUUGACAAAGCUGAAUUGGCUUGGGAAGAAUUAAGGGAGCGCUUCAUCUGCCUCUGUCAGGGAUCUACACUGCUUAAAGAACAAACCCAAGCUGCUCUGCAGCUCCUGAGGACACAAGAUGGAGAUUUCAAAGUCUGUGGCCUAAGCGUGUGGACUGAUUUACUGAUGGAAGUAGGCUACUAAUGCAUGAACACAAAAGCAGCGUAAAAACUUUAAAAAUCAAGCAAAUCUGGUUUAACUAUUUGAUGUGAAAGGCAAGACAGCUACACCUUACUUCGUUGAAAACCAAAUGUUAUUGUGACUGGUGAUCACAAUGAUUCUGACUGCAUCUGUUUUUGAGGUGUUUUAGGGAAGCCUGGUGUUUUCUUGUAAUUGUGCUGUCAUUUCUGGUCAACAGAAUUUUUUUUUUCUUUUCAGUACUUGAUUAAUUAUCUAAUAAAAUGAAAAUCCUUUCUGUCUCAAACAUGGAGUAGUUUCCUGUUUUGAAAAUAAAUCAGUUCAGAUAUGGUCAGGGUAGUCAUUUUUCUAAAUGUUGGAGGCUGAGCAAAAGUUCAAAGGGUGGGCAGAGUUUCAAAUGUGAAAAACACAAAUUCAGGGUUCCUUUAGUAGGGGUUGUCUUCAUUGGCUGGCUGCUCUGGUGGCCAUGUUGUUGCUUCUAUAGCUCUUUUGCACGACUUAACCCCAGGGUCAGUGAAGAAACUGAGAGGAAGCCAACUGGAAAGCUUCAUGAAAAGUUCUAAAAUAAAAGCCCUUAUUAGUUGCUAUAUUAUUGAUAAUAUGCAAGUAUUUCUCAAGAAAAUGGCAGUAAAAUGUAGGAUAUUCUGUGUGGUUUUCUUCCCAUUUCUGUAAUUUAUUACACCACUCAUUGCUUUGUGAAGCAGAAAAGUGAGUG